AUGCGACUGAUGCUGCUGUGGCUUACGGUAGUUGGUGUGGCCUUAGGGCAGGAUGUUAAGACUUAUUCACAGGAUAUCAAUGAUCAGAUCGACAUGACUGUGGUAAGUCUACCGUGCCUUACCCUACCGUACCGUACAGUACCCAACCCUAUCUUAAUCUACCCUACCCUACCUUACCCUAUCUUACCUUACUUUACCUUACUUUACUUUAUCUUAACUUAUCCUACCCUACAGUACCCCGACCUACCUUGCUCUAUCCUACCUUACCCUACCUUACCGAUCCACCUUUUCAGCCCCAACUAAUCAACUACUGGGGCUACCCAUGCCAAACCUUUGACGUAACGACCGACGACGGCUACAUCCUCCAACUUCACCGUAUCCCCUUUGGUCGUGAGUCAGGCCCAGCCCCAAACAAGCCAGUCAUCUUCUUCCAGCACGGCCUCGAAGCCAGUAGCUCCAACUGGGUAGCCAACCUACCUCAUCAGUCAGCCGGCUUCGUCUUCGCCGACCGUGGCUACGAUGUUUGGCUCGGCAACAUGCGUGGUAACAUGUACAGUAAACGGCACGUUAAGCUCAACCCUCACCACCGUGACUUUUGGAAAUUCUCGUUCGACCAUAUGGUACAGUACGACUUGGACGCAAUGAUCAACGCCGUACUCAAAGAGACCAAUACAGAGAGCUUGUACUAUGUUGGGCAUAGUCAAGGUACCUUGACCAUGUUCAGUAAGCUCAGUCGUGACCCUGACUUCCACAAAAAGAUUAAACGCUUCUUCGCCUUGGCACCAGUUGGUACUGUUAAGCACAUUGGUGGUCUACUACACUUUUUGGCCAAGUACUUCUACGACCUCGUGCGAGUGGGCUCACCGUUCCUUGGAAACGGUGAGUUCUUACCCAAUAACUUCCUCACAAGAACCUUGAGCAAGUUAGUAUGUGGUCCCAAGAUUGGUACCAUCCUGUGCGACAACAUGCUAUUUCUUAUCACUGGUCCUGAUUCACAUCAACUCAACGUGACUAGAACCCCGAUCUACACUUCCCAAGUACCAGCUGGUACUAGUAUUCAGAAUGUCAUUCAUUGGGCUCAAAUGGUACGAAGUGGCGUACUGAAACAGUACGAGUUCCUGACUCAGCAUGAGAAUGUACAGCACUAUGGCUCUAAAGAUCCCCCAAUGUACAACCUGAACGAGGAUAACGCGCUGGUACACUUGUUUUGGAGUGAUUUCGAUCAAUUGGCUGAUAAGAAGGAUAUCGAAGAGUUCUUGAUUCCAAGCUUGAGGAAGGAAUAUGUUGUGGUAGGUUAGAGCUAGAGCUAAGGCUAGUGCCAGGGUUAUGCCUUGGGCUAGGGAUAAAGUUAGACAUAAGGCUGCAUUUCAAACUAAAUCUAGAGCUAAGGCGAGAGCUAGGACUAGAUUUGAGUUAAAGCUUACAUCAGUGCGAGUAUUGAGGCUAGAACUAGAAGUAAGACAAGUGCCUGGACUAGAGCCCGGCUAAAUCUAGAGCUACAGCUAGAACUAGAGCUAGAGCUAGGGAUAGAGCUAGAGCUACAGCUAGAGCCAGAGCUAGAGCUGGAGCUAGCGGGACACUUUUAGUUAAAAAAAACAAAUUAAAAAUGUCCCGCUUCUUCUGGUUCAACCUAAUAUGUUUUAAAAGUCUUAAAAAUACAGUACACCUUGAGUUGUAAUCUCUUAAAAUGUUUACGCUAAAAGCCAUAAAACUUUAUCAAGUUUUACAACCAUUCCAAGUUGCAAUCACGCCAUAAAAGCUCGGUUUGCUAGCGACCUCACGUGUCUUAUUAUCAGCUUAUACCUCAAUAUGAUUUCCUUGAUUUAGUGUAUUAAUUCAUUUAAAAAACUUAUGUAGCUUUAAAAAUUAGCAGCAACACAACAUUUAGUUUCUGUAAAAGGUAUUCUUACCCAAAUUUUCUUUUUCUAACUGUUCUUACAUUGAAAAUUAGGCUUAUCAAUGUAACAGAACUUUUGACGCACCCUGUAUAAGAAAGGUACCCGACCUGCCCCGCUCUGAUUGAAUCCAAACUUUUUAUACGGAAAGAGCAUGUAAAUAUAAGAUCUCCAGAAAAGUACUUAAUUGCCAUUUCCAGUCAAUCUCAAGAAAAUCGAAAUCAAAAACUACGUUGUGAACUCCUCGCUAAAUUGGCAUUGUGUUUCAAGCCUAUAACUUCGUCAUUUUUUAAAUUUUAAUUAUUUUUCUUUGAUAUACUAGUAGAAUACCUUUAAAUGAACCUACGUUUUUUUAUUUGUAAGCGUAGCUUGUAUGGAAAGUCGAAAAAAAGGCUUGAAACACAAUGCCAAAUUGGCGGGAAACCCAAAUAUUUCAAGUUUAAAACUCAAAAGUGCGAGCUAAAAUUUUUUUAUGGGUACUAUUGGUAGUACGAAGAAUUCAUAUAAAAAUUUUGAGCUGAUUCUGAGCGGGGCAGGUAGGGCACUUUCCUUGUUAGUAUGUAGUCCCACUUCAAGCUUAGAAAGCCUUAUGACACUAUUUUAAACCUUCAGCCCACGUGACAUUUUUUGCCACAAAGACCUAAUCUUAACCCAUAUUAUCAUUAUCUUUUUAUCUGAUUUUAUUUACCAAGUGAGGUCACAUUGUUAUACCACAUGGAACAGCUGAUCCGUAUUAGUAAGAUUACACCUUCUAAACCCUUCUUAUUGUAAAGUCUAUAACAAUACCUCUAUCAUAAUCAAAAAAAUAUAAUUCGCUUAUCUCCAUAACUAUUACAAAAACAUAUUUAUCAGCAAAAAGUCAUGUAACUGCCAAAUAUUAUUAUAAUCUGUCUCUUAUUCUCAUAAUCCUUCUCGCUUCAUUACCAUUUGUCAAGAUAAUAUGCCCUGAUCACGACCAUGUUAUUAGACCGUUCACUUUAUUCUGCGCCCCUUUCUAAGCAAAUGUUCAGAGUUAUGGAGCGCAGAAUUAAGUGAACGGACUAAUAACAUGGUCGUGAUCAGAGCCGGGCAGGGAUAAUAAGGAGACUUAUGGUCUGGGAGCGGGGGUCGAAAGGAUCCACAGGGGGGACCAAGUUCAACUUUUUCCAAAAAAUUUUAAAUUUUUUUUUAAAAUUUUUAAAAAAUUUUCGAAAAAUGUUGAACGUGGUCCCCCCUGUGAAUUUUUGGAAAAAAAAAAUCGCAAAAACAGGUACCUACCUGUGCCGAUUUCUUCGACCCCCGCCCGCAGACCAAAAGUCUCCGCUCGCCCCUGCUGGUCUCAUACCUUUGUUUACGUUUCGAAAAGGUUUGUUUGUAGAUAAGAUUACUGAGCAAGUCUUGUCAAUAACCUGACCUUCUUAACCAUUAUGAGUAAUAAGGCUUCCGGUAAAUGGCGUCAGUAAGUCAAUGAUUCAUAAUGAAAGAGCUGAAAAGACAAUAGUCUUAACAAAGAUUAAACAAACAUUGAAAAAAGUAAAAGCAAAAAUGAAUUUUGACCAAAUUUUUACCAUAGCCUCAACCUUGACCUAAUUUUUGCCAUAGCCUAUACCAGCUGUGUCUUACAAGAAAGUUGUACUAACAAGGAAAGUGCCCUACCUGCCCCGCUCAGAAUCAGCUCAAAAUUUUUAUAUGAAUUCUUCGUACUACCAAUAGUACCCAUAAAAAAAUUUUAGCUCGCACUUUUGAGUUUUAAACUUGAAAUAUUUGGGUUUCCCGCCAAUUUGGCAUUGUGUUUCAAGCCUUUUUUUCGACUUUCCAUACAAGCUACGCUUACAAAUAAAAAAACGUAGGUUCAUUUAAAGGUAUUCUACUAGUAUAUCAAAGAAAAAUAAUUAAAAUUUAAAAAAUGACGAAGUUACAGGCUUGAAACACAAUGCCAAUUUUUCUCGAGAUUUCCUGGAAAGCGCAAUUUAUACUUUGCUGAAGAUCUAAAUUUACAUAAUCUUUCUAUAUAUUACGUUUGACGUCACUCAGAGCGGGGCAGGUGGGGGUACCUUCUUUACAGGCGCCAAAAGUUCAGUUACAAAAAAUGCGCCAAAAGUUCUGUUACAAACUAGGUGCGCCAAAGCUCAGUUACAAAAGGUGCGCCAAAAGUUCUCUUACAAACCAGGUGCGCCAAAGUUCAGUUACAAAAGCUGCGCCAAAAGUUCAGUUACAAAAGCUGCGCCACAAGUUCUGUUAUAAAAGGUGCGCCAAAAGUUCAGUUACAAAAGGUGCGCCAAAGUUCAGUUACAAAAGGUGCGCCAAAGUUCAGUUACAAAAGCUGCGCCAAAAGUUCAGUUACAAAAGCUGCGCCACAAGUUCUGUUAUAAAAGGUGCGCCAAAAGUUCUGUUACAAACUGAGUGCGCCAAAAGUUCUGUUAUAAAAGGUGCGCCACAAGUUCUGUUAUAAAAGGUGCGCCACAAGUUCUGUUACAAAAGGUGCGCCACAAGUUCUAUAAUCAUAAUUUUUAGGAAAACGUGCCAAUCAAGAACUACAACCAUAUGGACUUUGUGUUCGGCAUGAACGCCACCCAAGACAUUUACUACCCAAUUUUGAAUCGAAUUCGUGAAGAUUUCGAUCUUCCACCGGUCGAGUUCAAAAAUUUGGCUUAA